AUGGUCAGAACUAGAGCAAUAGGUGUGACAACACCAACACCGGCAAGACAGGGUACGCCUGAGCCAACCGUUGGGGCUGCAGCUCGAAGGGGAGCAGUGGCAAGAGGCCAUGCUAGGGAUAGAGUGGUGACUCAUCCACCGACUGACGAGGUAGUGAGAGAGAGUGACGAAGGGGAAGAUGAGCAGAUUCAAGAGAAGGAAGUACCACCCCAGCCUACUCCAGAGAUGAUUAAUCAGCUGAAACCUCCAGUUUUCAAGGGUACUGAAUCUGAAGAUGCUUAUGAUUUCCUGGUUGAUUGUCAUGAGUUGUUACAUAAGAUGGACAUAGUGGAGAGAUUCGGUGUUGAGUUUGUGACCUACCAGUUUCAAGGGGAUGCCAAAAUGUGGUGGCGGUCUCAUGUGGAGUGUCGACCAGCAAAGGCACCACCUAUGACUUGGACAAUAUUUUCUAGCUUAUUUAUGGAGAAGUACAUACCCCGGACUUUGAGGGACAGAAGGAGAGAUGAGUUCCUGAACAUAGAGCAAGGAAGGAUGUCUAUUGCAGCUUAUGAGGCUAAAUUUCGUGCGUUAUCCAGGUAUGCCACCCAGCUUUGCUUCAGUCUGCAAGAGCGGAUUCGCCGCUUUGUAAAGGGAUUGAGGUUAGAUUUGCAGAUCCCAGCUUUACAGGUAGCUGCUCCUGCAAAAUCUUUUCAGGAAGUGAUUGAUUUUGUGAUAGAGGUAAAGAGGGUGAAGCCGGAUGACUUCACCAAGGUGUCAACAUUUAAAAAGUUUCGUAAGGGAGGUGAGUUUAGUGGUUCAUACUCCAGAUGGCAGAGUUCAGGGGGCUAUCCACCCCGUCCUAUUCAGUCUUCAUUGCAGCUUCAGUUGAGGAGACCUACACUCGACUCUAGGACUUGUUAUGGAUGUGGAGAGGCCGGACAUAUCAAGAAAUAUUGUCCAAAACAGAGUCAGGCUCGGUACGAUCAGAGUUACAGAUCCCCAGCAGUUAGAGGUAGAUGUGGUCAUGGCAAAGGCCGUCAUUCUGGAGGACGUGGUGGCCAAGGUAAUGGUGGUCACCAGUUCAACCGGGGUGGUGGGCAGGUUGGAACUACUGGAGCGCAGCCCGGUAGAGGCAAUGGACGGACAGGUGGUAGGGCCCAUUGUUAUGCUUUCCCCGGGAGGUCAGAGGCAGAGACAUCUGAUGCUGUUAUCGCAGGUACUCUUCUGGUCUGUGAUUGCAUGGCUUCUAUAUUGUUUGAUCCUGGAUCCACAUUUUCUUAUGUAUCUUCCUCGUUCGCUACUGGUCUUGAUUUGCAUUGUGAUUUGCUUGACAUGCAUAUUCAUGCCUCUACUCCUGUUGGUGAGUCUGUGAUAGUGGAAAAGGUGUAUAGGUCUUGCCUUGUGACUUUUGUGGGGGUUGAGACUUAUGUAGAUCUGAUUAUUCUAGAGAUGGUUGAUUUUGAUGUAAUUUUGGGUAUGACUUGGCUUUCUCCAAAUUUUGCUAUCUUAGAUUGUAAUGCUAAGACUGUGACCUUGGCCAAGCCUGGGGUAGAUCCACUAGUGUGGGAGGGUGACUAUAUUCCCGCCCCAGUUCAUAUUAUCUCUUGUCUUCGUGGUAAGAGGUUGGUGAGUAAGGGUUGCUUAGCCUUCUUGGCACAUCUCAGGGAUGAUACUUCCAAAGUGCCUUCAAUCGAGUCUGUUUUGAUAGUCCGUGAGUUUACAAAUGUUUUUCCUUCCGACCUACCUGGUAUGCCACCGGAUAGAGAUAUUGAUUUUUGUAUUGACUUGGAGCCGGGGACUCGCCCCAUUUCCAUUCCACCUUAUAGAAUAGCCCCAGCUGAGUUAAGGGAGUUAAAGGCCCAACUUCAGGAAUUGUUAGACUACAGGCAGCUGAAUAAGGUAACUAUUAAGAACAAGUACCCCAUUCCUCGCAUUGAUGACUUGUUCGAUCAGUUACAGGGUGUUUGUGUCUUCUCUAAAAUUGAUUUGAGGUUCGGUUAUCAUCAAUUGAAAAUGCGGGCAACGGACGUGCCAAAGACUGCUUUUCGAACCAGGUUUGGGCAUUAUGAAUUCUUAGUAAUGUCCUUUGAGCUUACGAAUGCCCCUGCUGCUUUCAUGAGCCUAAUGAACGGAAUUUUUAAGCCAUAUUUAGACCUCUUUGUUAUUGUAUUCAUUGAUGAUAUCCUGAUAUACUCGAAGAGCAAGAGGGAACACGAGGAGUAUCUGAGAAUUGUAUUGGGGUUGUUGAGGGAGAAAAAGCUUUAUGCCAAAUUCUCCAAGUGUGAGUUUUGGCUCGAUUCAAUGUCCUUCUUGGGGCACGUGGUUUCUAAGGAUGGAGUGAUGGUGGAUCCUUCUAAGAUUGAAGCAGUGAAGAGUUGGGUAAGGCCUACUAAUGUUUUAGAGGUAAGGAGCUUUGUUGGUUUAGCUAGCUACUACCGUCGAUUCGUACAGGGAUUCUCUUCCAUUGCUUCCCAGUUAACCAAUUUGACCAAGCAGAAUGUUCCAUUUGUAUGGUCGAAUGAAUGUGAAGAAAGCUUUCUGAAACUCAAGACCUUGUUGACUACUGCACCGAUUCUUGCCUUGCCCGUGGAAGGUAAGAAUUUCAUUAUUUAUUGUGAUGCAUCUUAUUCUGGUUUGGAUGCAAUGCUAAUGCAGGAGAGGAAUGUAAUUGCCUAUGCUUCAAGGCAAUUGAAAGUGCAUGAACGUAACUAUCCAACCAAUGAUUUGGAGUUGGCUGCAGUUGUAUUCGUAUUGAAGCAGUGGAGGCAUUAUCUAUAUGGGGAGGAUUCUUGGCCUGUGUGGAGGCAAGAUUUUCUUUUCUUGACAAGAUUAAGGGAAAGCAGUUUUGAGGAUGAGAAGCUGAGUCGAAUUCGAGAUAUGGUGUUGCAGGGAGAGGCUAAAGAGGUUGUGAUUGAUGAGGAAGGCGUCUUGAGAAUUAAGGGGCGGGUGUGUGUGCCUCAUGUUGAUGACUUGACUCAUACUAUUCUUGCAGAGGCUCAUAGUUCGAGGUAUUCUAUACAUCCUGGUGCAACCAAGAUGUAUCGUGAUCUGAGACAACAUUAUUUGUGGAGUAGAAUGAAUCGUGACAUUGUUGAUUUUGUUGCCCAAUGUCCGAACUGUCAGCAGGUAAAGUAUGAACAUCAGAGGUCUGGAGGGACACUUUAG